AUGAUCGGGGCCACGAGGCGCUGGUUUCAGCGCAAUCGCAAGGGCCUUGCGAUCGGGGCCGGCGUGCUUGGAGCAGGUUACCUGGCCGGGCAGUACCUAUUGUCCAAGAUCUCCGAGGCGCGUGAGCGCAUGAGCAGUGAUCGAAUCGCAAAAGAGAAUUUGCGACGACGUUUCGAACAAAACCAAACCGACUGCACCUAUACCGUCCUUGCCCUAUUACCCACCGCAACCGAGAAUGUCAUUGAAGCGCUCCCCGUGGAGGAGCUCACCAAGGAGCUACAGAAGAAGCGAGCGGAGAGGUUGGCUCGCAUCAGCGUCGGAGAAGGCACAGGCUCGGACAUGAGCUCUGUGGCCCCAAGUCUACCCGAGGACGACCGUAAGAGCCUCUCCAGCUUCCAGAGCGAGGGCUUUGUGCAUGCCAGCCAGGUGGGGGAGUCCGUGGAGUCGGAAGAACAACCUCGAGUGAAACGAAACAAGACCCAGCUGUGGAACGAGGUCAAGAUCACAUCCAUCACCCGAUCUUUUACCCUCAUUUAUACCCUCUCGUUACUCACCAUCUUCACCCGCAUCCAACUCAACCUCCUCGGUCGUCGAAACUACCUCUCCAGUGUCAUUUCUCUGGCUACUCCCUCGGCCGAUUCACCCAUCAGCCUUGAAGACCAUGAUGAUGAUAUUACCCAAACCCUGGGCGAUGAUUUCGAGACAAAUCGACGAUACCUUGCUUUCAGCUGGUGGCUGCUUCACCGUGGGUGGCAGGAGUUGAUGGAGCGCGUUCAACCCGCUGUGGAGGAAGUAUUUGGUCCUCUCAACCCACGUGAGGAUAUCAGUCUCUCGAAACUGUCAGAGUUGACCCUUCAAAUCCGGAAGAAAGUCGAGGGCAACACCGAAGACGAGCGACGAUCCAAGAAAUGGCUUUCAUGUCUGCUCCCGCCCACGGAGGAAGAGGAGACUGUUCUGCGCGAAUCUGGCGUGGAGGGGGUGGCAGACCCGUCCUCCUCACAGACUGCGUCCAAAUUGCGCCAUCUCCUCGAUGAGACCGCUGAUUUAAUCGACUCUCCUUCCUUCUCCUUCGUUUUGACUCUUCUCAACAACGAGGGUUUCUCCACCCUUGUUGACCAGAAGUGCGCAAACGAGGCAUUCAAGACCUCGGCUACUGUCCCCGAAACUGCACCUCAGUCAUUCGACUCCAUCGCCACCGUGAUCCCGCCUGCGUCAGAGCGGAAGACAAAGCUUGCUAACUUGCUUGCUGUCAUGGCCCGCCAAGCGCACGUUAUCGGUAAUGGCUCACACCAGCCCAAUGAGUAUCUCGGCCCCAUGGAGCAGAACGUCCGCGAGCUGGAAGCAUUCUCUGCUGUCAUCUAUAGCUCCAACUUUGAUCUCGAGCUACUUGGUGCCAACCGUAAGGAUGUGCCUACCGAGGCGGGAGACUCGCCUUCGGUGAACCUCGAAUCAUCUUCGUUUGGACCAGUGAUGGUGGAUAAGGAGAUUGAUACCGAGGAGAUCUCCCAGAGUGCCCCUGUCCUUGUCGAAAAAGAAGAGGCAGAAGAGGAGGUUAUUUCCCCUGCUGCCCAAGAACAGACACGGGAGGUUGGCGUAGAGGCUGGUGUUGAGGCUGGCGCGGAUUCCGCCUUCGAGCGUGCUUGGGGCAAGGCUACGGACGACGAGCCCGCCGCGAAGACCGAGGCUGAAGUUUGA